GUAUGUGUGUGUGUGAGUGUGUGUGUGUGUGUGUGUGUGUCUGUGUCUGUGUCUGUGUCUGUCUCAGCUAGUGUGUGUGUGUGUGUCUGUGUCUGUGUCUGUGUCUGUCUCAGCUAGUGUGUCUCUCAGUGUGUGUGUGUGUGUGUCUGUCCCACUGACUCCCCCCCUCACCCACACACGGGGGCAUAUCACAGCAGCUGACAAUCUGCUGACUUGCUCAUCUCUGCGACGUGGGAGGGAACCGGAUUUCUCGCGGGAAACCCAAAGUCACAGGGAGAGCGUGCAGAUCCCCAGACCACUCCCGCUUCCACACACACACACACAGACACACACACACACACUCACACACACACACACACACACACACUCACACACACACACUCACACACACACACACACACACACACUCACACACACACAGACACACACACUCACACAUACACACACACUCACACACACAGACACACACACACACACACACACACACACACACACUCACACUCACACACACACACACACACACACACAAGGUCAGGACAGAACCCAGGUCUCUGAAGGUGUGAGGCAGUGGCUCAAAGAGCUGAGUUAUUGUAAACGGGGCACCUUUAAAAUGUAGUUUGGCAGAUCUGUUCUGUUCCCAAGUAUACACCGAAGUCCAGAAGUGAUCCAUCUGUCAUGUUUACACAAAAUUACAGAAGUGUUCUGUUCCCCAGGUUUGCAUGGGAUUCCAGAUGUGCUCUGUGAAUCCUGAUGUUUCUCCCAGAUGUGUACAUCAAUAGGAAGUGUGAAACCCCCAGAUGCGUCAUGUUUGCAGGAGUGCAUGGAAUUUCUGCCAUACACCCUAUCCCUCUGUAUCCAACAUGCCAGAUGUUUAGUUCUCCAGUUGUGCUCUGCUCCUCAGGUACAAUAGGGUUCCAGAUGUGCACUCUACCGGGGGCACACUACAAUCCCAGUCAUAGGCAGUUUUCCAGCUGUGCACAGCUCUGCAGCUGAUGAAUGCUACUAAUCCAGCUGUGGACAGGAAAACCAGGUGACCACGCGGGCCCUGCCGAGGAGACCAGUCCCCACCCAGCGCCAGCAGGCUCACACGCAGCGCCGCCCCUUUGCCCUGAGGGUGCCGGUGGAAGAUGGCGGACGCGGGAGGGAGCCUGGACGAACUCGAGAAGUCUUUCCGCAAGUUCGCCAUCCACGGGGACACCAAAGCCAGUGGGCUCGACAUGACGGGCAAGAACUUCGCCAAGCUCUGCAAGGACUGCAAGGUGAUCGAUGGCAAGACCAUCACCUGCACCGACGUUGACAUCGUCUUCACCAAGGUCAAGGCAAAGUCAGCUCGUGUAAUAAACUUUGAAGAGUUCAAACAAGCUCUGAAGGAGCUGUCAAAGAAAAGGUUUAAGGACCUGGGGGAGGAUGAAGCUUUGGAAGAAACAUUCAAGCUUAUCGCCGGCAAGGAGCCCAUGUUGGUCGGAGUCACAAAGGCAGCCAAGGCCGGCGCUGUGAAUCGCCUGACAGACACGUCCAAGUUCACGGGGUCCCACAAGGAGCGGUUUGACGAGAGUGGCAAGGGCCGGGGCAAGGCGGGGCGCGAGGACCUGGUGGAGAACACGGGGUUUGUGUCCGCCUAUAGGGGCAUGGGCACCUAUGACGAGAAGGUCAAGGGCUCCAAGUGAUUGGCCGGGACGGUGGAGCCACCCCCCCCCCCCCAUCUCUUCUCCUCUCUCCCCUGCUCCUCGGCCCUCGCCCCCUGACUCCCUCCGUGGUUCGGGGACGCGUGUGGCUGGGCGGUGUGGGACGAGGGUUCUCCUCGCUUCCUUGGCAUUCGGCUGCUCGAGCCUGGAGUCACCCAGCUCGACCACGCCGGCCGACGCACCUGCCUAUGCUUCUGUCGUAUGUUUGGCUGUAUCCCUUUACAGCUUUCCUCUCCGUCUGCCUGUCCAGUCGUUGUUUAAAUGUGUAACUGACCCCCACCUCCCCCGGCAGCUCCACCGCCGUUUAAACUCUCCCCCUCUCAAUUUAAACCUGUGCACUCUACUAAACCCCAUGAUUCUAUCCGGUCACCACUCAGCGUCCAACAUGUCCCAGAUAACAACCUCUUCGUGAAACACGCUUACCCCUCAAGUCCCUUUAAAACCUCUCCCCUUAAACCUGCCCCCUCAAGCUGUUGAAUUUCGUGUUCUAAGCACUUCAUCUUGCAUCCUGUGCUUGAACUGUGGCUUCUCUGCUCUAAACUCCCCAUUGCCUGGACGGUUUGUCUUCUCAAUCUAUAUUCUCCUUACAUCGGAGGCCAUUUGGCCCUCCCGGUCUGUGCUAGUUCUCCAGGCAAUCCCACCCACCGGCACUCCUUACAACCCGCUCCCUCUCACGUGUUCCCCGGCUCGUGAAUGCCCCCGUCUUCCUCCGACACUAGGACAGCUUUUUAACCUGGGGGUGUGGGUGCUCCGGGAGGGGAGGGCAGGACAGUGCUUGUGAAAUGAGACCAUAAAACAUAGGAGCAGAAUUAGGCCAUUCGGCCCAUCGAGUCUGCUCCGCCAUUUCAUCAUGGCUGAUCCCAUUUUGCCUCUCAGCCCCAGUCUCCUGCCUCCUCCCCGUAUCCCAUCACACCCUGACCAAUCAAGAAUCUAUCAGCCUCUGCUUUAAAAACACUCAAUGACUCAGCCUCCACAGUGCCUGUGGCAACGAAUUCCACUGAUUUACCACUCUCUGGCUGAAGAAAUUGCUCCUCAUCUCCUCUCUGAAAAUCUGCCGGCUUCGGCCGUAGCCGAUGUUGGGAUCAAACUCGGGUCCCCAGCCACCGAGCCAGUUCCAGGGUGUUGCCUAAGCAUCUGACUGUAUCUCUGUAGAGUCACAGAUCCCUUUGCCUAACUGGUCCAGGCCACGAUUCCCAUCUGAGCUCGUACCUGGGUUCGACGCAAAUUCCUCUAAACCUCCCCCAUCCAUGCACCUGUCCAAACGUCUUUAUAACACACCUGCCUCAACCACUUCCUCUGGCAGCUCGUUCCGUGUACUCACCACCCUCUGGGUGGAAAAGUUCCCACUCAGGCUCCUGUUGAAUCUCUCCCCUCUCGCCUUAAACCUGGGCCCUCCAGUUCUUGAUUUCCCAACCCUGAACUCGUAACCCAUCUGUAAGGUCACCCCCUUCGGUGAAAGGGGUCCCAAUCUGCUCAGCCAGUCCUUCGAUUCCCAGCAACAUCCUCAUAAACCUCCCCUGAACUCUCUCCGGCUUGUCCUGCAGCAGGGCGGUCAGCACUCCAGGUGUGGCCUCCCCAACGUCUUGUGCAACGGUCGCCCAGCUUCUGCCUUCAGUGCAUUCGGUGAAAUCGGAAUCUGGACAAUUGUUCUGUAUGCAGUCCGCGUCUCCCUUCAUUCCUUCACCAUGAGCAAGUCUGGUUCAGGGGUACGGGGAGCGAGACCGUCCGAUCUGCCAGGCGGAAGGGAAGGGUGUGCGGGUGGGGGGGGGCAUUUGGUUUCUUAAAAUCACCAGGAGAUUUUCUUAUGAAAAGCCCCUCGAUCGAGUGAAAGAUUGUCAGUCUGUCCUUGAACAUCUCAGGUUCUGUGAUGGACGAAGUUGAGGUGUUUUCAUCGGUCGUUUAAAACUGAGGAGAGUUCUCUGCCUGGAGGGCAAUGGUGCCUGGAAAGUUAAAGUUCGAAAGAUCAGGGAACUGAGGACGGCGGGGAAUUAGUCCUGAAGAAGAGUUGAGGCCAGCCUAGAUCAGCUGAGGUCACACCGACCGGCAGGGAGCGGCCUCCUCCCAUUCCUAUUCCCUUGUGGCCAUGGGCCAGUUCUCCUGGGCCUCGUACGUUAAUGAGCAUAAAGUAGAAGGGGGAAAGAUGGAGAGGUCUUUGAAAAGAGAGAACUUGGCUUGAGAAUGAAUAGUCUCCAGUUUGUUUAUCGGUCAGACUAAGUUAAUUUGUUGGUCGGACUGAUAAUCUUGAGGCCCAAACCGAUAGCCCAGACUCAGCAAUGCAGGGUUUCUAUUCGAGUGUGUUAACAGGUCGAGAAUGGAAUUAACAGGUUAACACGGUGCCUUAAAGGAGACAGCAGGGAUCAGGGGCUGGAAUAUGGGGCAACACACACAAAAAGCUGGAGGAGCUGAGCAGGUCAGGCAGCAUCUGUGGAGGGAAAUGGCCGGUCGGCAUUUCAUCAUCAUUAUGUGCCGUGUCAUAUGACAUCAUCAUUAUGUGCCGCGUCGUAUGAUGGAGGCGAUCACGGUCUUUGACCAUGCUUGUCCUUGGCAUCUUUUUCUGAAGUGGUUUAAUUGCCUUCGUCUGGACAGUGUCUUUACGCCAGCCGUUAUCAAUGCUGUCCGGAGAUUGCCUGCCUGGCGUCAGAAGUCCCAUAACCAGGACCUGCGAUAUGCAGCAGCUGCUCCUGUGGCUUUCUGUGACCCUGAUCGGGGAGGGCAGGUGCUGCAGCCGGCCCAAGGCUGACCUGCAGAGGGAGGGAGCACCUUACUCCUCCUCAGAGAGAGAGACAUUUCUCUACAAGAGUGGGAGGGGAGAUAGCCAGUACAAAAAGGUGGAGGGAAGAGAUCUGAAGCUGUGGUCUAGGCUGGACGUCUAAAAGGGGGAGUGUGGAACAGGGAGGCAGACGAGCAAAGGGUACGCAUGCACAUCCUCCCCUUCCCCCUUGGACGGGUGUGAGGAGCCCUUCGGACAGGUUUGCUCUUGGUGAAGCGGUUCUAGCCGGGGUCGUGCUGAUGGGGAAGUGAGCUAGUUGGGGUAAUUUGGCUACGUAAGUACAGGCCUGGCCCCUCACUUUGACUCCCACUCUGCCCCGUGCCGUUCACAUCUCUGACAGCCAGGGUGACCAGUCGGCCCAGCACUCUUCCGAACGAGUUCAGAUCAACUGCGCUUCCCAGCCAGACAUUAUCCGCUCUGAUGGAGGCUGCCCGAACAUAGUACAGCACAGAAAUAGAUGCUCGGCCCUCUGUGUCCGUACUGACAAUGAGACCAACUUAAGCCGCAUCGUCCAUUCAUGUGCUUUGUCUAAACGCCUCACAAACUUUGCUGUCUUGUCUACUUCCAGCUGCAGCCAGCACUCUCUGGGAAUUCUCCUAUCGUUUGGGUUUGCUCUGUCCCACCUCUCCUUUGCCACUUACGUCCCCGUUGAUCAGAUGAAUAAUCCCCACUGUUCCAGCACUCUCUCUCGCUCGCUCGGCUCCCCACUACCCACAACCGUGCUUUGCAUUCUCACUGCUGCCGCCGUCUCCAGCACUUGACAGGCCCAGUUCAAAGUAAACCCCCUCUCCGCCAUUCCCAGGGUCGCCACCUGAAAUAUGGCCCCCUCCGCAGAUCCGCUGACCUGCUCCAGCAGACUGGCCCCGGUCCCUCCGUUCCCUGUCUGCAAACAUCGCCAGCACCACUGUGCAAACGAGAUCUUGCCCCGGGAUCCUCCUCGACGCUCCCCACCCCUGCCUCACGUUUCAACCUGCGCCCUCUGCUAUCAUGACGCUUCUACCCCAAGAGAACGACCAUCCACCCCCUUGCCCUCGCGGCCCAGAAGUUGCCUGCCUGAACAAAGAGAGUGCCGGCUGCUUCAGUCUCCCGCUGGGUGUAACUUCGAUCGCGGUCCUCCUCCCGUGAAUGGUGGUCGCACUCUCCCGGAGGCGUCUUGUCAAUGGCCCCUGUAGAGGUCUUAGCCCAGCCUCUCCACUCUCUCUUCUCGCCGAUAGUGGACGUGCCUUAAUAUUUGAUUGCUUUGGCCGGUGGCAGCACCCCGUGUGGUUCUGCAGUGAUGCCCCCACCGAUGCCCGGCGUCUCUCUGCGCCUGGUGAGUGGGCAGCUCGCCUUGUUGCUCUGAAAGUUGUCCCGCAUCAUUCAGGCCCCCCCCCUGGGUGAUUGAUGAGAGACCCCACCCUCCCCCAAAGUCUCCCUUGCUCAUAGCCCACUGCCAACGGGACGGGGGUGGGAGGGAGUCCUGGGCCGAUGGAGCGAGAUGGAGGCCUCCCCACUGGGCCAGGACUGUUCGCGAGCUCUAACUUUAACAAACCCCCCCCCCCCCCAGUCGCCACAGAACCGCCCAGACACCAUAGGUAGUUGGGUGGGUGAAAAAAGUAAACUUUAGUGUGCAAAGACUGUAAGAUUUCACAUGUAAGCUUAUUUAAAAAUAAAGUGAAA